CCUGAAGGGGGAGGGGCCGUGAGGCGCGUCGGCUGUCGUUCGCGCGGCGCAAGAUGGCGGACCUGUCCCUCGACGAGCUGAUCCGGAAGCGGGGGGUGACGGUGAAGGGGCGGCUCAACGCCCGGCCCGGGAUCGGCGGCAUCAAGUCUCGCAUCGGGACGCAGCAGCAGACCCCCGCGAGCCGGCCGACUCCGGCCGCCGGCUUCCAGCAGACCUUCGACGCCCGGCAGAAGAUCGGCCUGACGGACGCCCGGCACCGGCUGGGCGUCAAGGACGCCCGAGAGAAGCUGGGGCAGAAAGAUGCCCGCUUCAGGAUCCAGGGGAAGGUGCAGGAUGCCCGGGAGACGCUCAACUCCCGGAAGCAGCAGAGCACGGCCUCGGAGAAAGGGAGCAAAGUGGUGGAUGCCCGGGAGAAGAUUGGCCUGAAGAGGGGCUCCCCUGCUGCCCUCGUGGGCCCCGGGGCCGCGCCCCCCACCCUCAAGAUCACCAAGACCAUCCAGCAGAAGGCUAUCGCCCCGCUUCUCUCUCACCCUGCCGGAAUGAGGAUCAAUGUAGUCAACAACCACCAACACAAACAGAACCCGUACGAUAUGGACGAAGAUGACGGGGGCCUGAUUCCCGCUCCCAGCAAGCAGAUGAAAAUCACAACGACCAACAGUUUCCCCCUGCCUCCCCGCGUGGCCGGGCUGAGCGGUUCCAAAUUCUCCCUCUCCAAGACCGUCCCCCUCACCAAAGUGGUGCAGAACGACACCUACACAGCCCCGCCGACCCUGCCCUCCCCGGGGCAAACCAAGACCCUGACCAACGUGUCACGGACUCUGGUGACCAAGGAGGAGCCCCCGAAGGAGCCCCCCGCCGCGGAGCUGACUUUCAGCCCCCUGGAAGGCACCAAGAUGACUGUGAAUAACCUGCACCCCCGGGUCACGGAAGAGGACAUCGUCGAGCUGUUCUGUGUGUGUGGAGCGCUGAAGCGAGCCCGCCUGGUACACCCUGGCAUGGCGGAGGUGGUUUUUGUGAAGAAGGAAGAUGCCAUCACCGCCUACAAGAAGUAUAACAACCGGUGUUUGGAUGGUCAGCCCAUGAAAUGCAACCUCCACAUCAACGGGAACGUCAUCACGUCAGACCAGCCCAUCCUGCUGCGACUGAGCGACAGCCCCUCGCUGAAGGGAGGAGAGGCGCCCCGCCGGGCCAGCUCGGCCCCCUCGCCCCACCCCGCAGCCGAGGUGGACCCGGACACCAUCCUCAAGGCGCUGUUCAAAUCGUCGGCGGCCUCCGCCUCCGUGCAGCCCACAGAAUUCAAAAUCAAACUUUGAGCGGGGGCCCAAAGGCGGGGGUGGAGGAAGGCUCCACCUGUCAACGGGAAGCCCGCGGCCCACCCCGCGUGAAGACUGGAAGCCCCCCACCCCCCCCCCCAAGGCAACAUCAGGGGCAGCGGGAGGGUGGGCGUGGGAGCGGUAUCGUUUCGGAUCGGACCCCGGCGGCGGUUGGGCGUUGUCGUUUUCUACAACUGCAGCCUCCCUGUACAGUAGUGUUUCUUUUAGCGUGUGCGUCCCCCGCCCCCACCCCGCCAUCGAGGUUUUUAAUUUCGUGGUUUUUCUGGAAGGGUGGCCGACUCCGGCGGCCUCUCCCCGCCUCCGCUCCCAAGGUGCCAGGUGAGCCCGACCGUAAGUGGGCAGGUGCGGGACGUGCACUACGGAGUUGGGGGUUUAGACAGAGGUUCUCCUCCGGGUGGGCAGCUCCCCAGAGCUCCCGCCACCGCUCCCCCCGCCCGCCUCGGCUCGGCCACCGAGGAAGGGAAAGCGUCUUCAGUGCCGAUGAGAACCUGACCUUGGGAGAGCCGCUCGGUCCGGCGGCUGGGCGGAAGUCGUCGAGAAGGAAAGCGAUCCCGUGAUGUCACCGCAAAGCGAAGGAAUUUCCAACUUAAUGGCGAGCUCCUUCUAGAAGCUGACAGCAUCGCAGAGUCGGAGAUGGGGAGGGGACCGUCCAGCCACGAUGGGGCUCUGGCCUGGCCCCGGGGACAGUGACUUCUUUGUCCUCUCUGUGAGACCAAACCCUUCGCUCUCCCUGUUUCUCAGGCCACACUGGGCGAUCUGCCCCAUCCGUCGCCAUCCACGGUCAAGCCAAGGGACCUUGGAGGGGUUUGGGGGAGGCGGGCCGGCCGGCCUGUCCCCCUGGGCCAGGGGAAGGGGGCCGUUGGCCUGGAAAUGUUCCGGAGCAACUGUCCGAAUGCUAAUGUGACCGCGUCCCUGACCUCCGCGUCCAGAGUGGAGAUUCCUAGGACGCAACUGGAAAACGUGCACCCAAAGCGGUCACCGAAAGGCCGCCUUCACACAGCAGCUGAGGGGUCAGAAUGCGUGGAGGUGAUGUGGAGACAGCUGGGUGGGGUGGAGAGGAGGAGCCUGCCCCUCCCCUUUGUACUGUUUGGACGCCCCCACACCAAGCGCUUGCAGGUACAGUCUUGGAACGGAGUGCAGCCCCUCUCGUAGCAGGAGAGGCCCGAAGAGGGGGUGGUAUCGUGCUGCUCACCAAGGAUGCUUAGGACCUCCCUGCCUUUCCCCCCUGACAGUAGGGGUGACUCCCGGCGCGGGGGUGGGGGAACCCUCAUCCUGCAUGAGAAGACGGUAGGUAAACCGGGCUGGCCCGGGAGGUCAGCCAGUCUUGUGCCCCGGGGCGGCAAAGGCCCUGGGUGAUCCUGAGAACGACCCACCAGCCCCCCGUAAGGGAGAGUGGGGAAUCGGCUGUGGAGUCCAGGCGGGAGAGAGGAAGGAACUGACGCUCGAACUCUUGCUUCGUUCCCCCCGGCUCCAAGGCGGCCAACCAGUGAGACUGAAGUCCGUCCAACGAUGCCCGGAAUCCAGAAUCGGUUUCCCCAGUGGAUGCCGGCCGUCUCCUCCCUUUCCUCUCAGGGGCGGCCCGACCCUGCUCUCCCCAGCAGUGGUCACGAAGCAUCCCUCUCUCACGCUCCCCAUCCCGCACCCCCAGGAGGCUGGCCAGAACCCCCCCAGGACCUGCUUUUCUCGGCCCUUUGCUUUUGAUCCCGAAGUAGAGCCCCACUGUUCCUGAAGGAGGAAGUCACUGAGCAACUGCCAGGCAGAUGUCAGGCCGGGGAAAGUGAACUUUUUCCCUCUUAUUACCCAGCGAAUGGGUUUGAUUAAAAAAAAAAAAAGGGGGGGGGGUGCCCCGAGGGGUGGAGAAGACUAUGUAUUGUUCAUCUGUUUCUGAAUAAACGUUUGUAAUA